AAUUCUAUUUAUAUUAUAAAAAUAAAAAUAUUUUAGAAAGAAUAAGAAGGAGAAUAAAGAAACCAAAAGCACAAAAAAGGAAGAUGUAGAAAAGUUUGCAGCAACGGACUCUUGCUUCUACUAACCAAAAAGCGUUUGCUUUUCCUGUAACAUUAUUAUUGUACUAUAAUUACUAUUACAUUUUUUCUUCAUUGUCUUUGGGGGGGCUCCAAACAGUGUACAAAUCCAAGCUUUGAAUUUCCACUUUUCAUUCACCGAACAAAGACUCUCUCUGUGUGUGUCAAACUGUCAAUCAUGGCUUCUCUGAUUUCUAUGAACUUUUUGUAGUUUUACACACAAAUCCAUUUCUGGGUCUCUAAGACGCCGAGGUUGUUUCACUCUGAAACCCGACAAUUCCGUUGCUGAUGCGUUGUUACUUUGGACCCUCACCACCUCUUUGUUCUCUCAACGGGUAUGAGGUGAAUACAAGACAGUUACUUUUGGUUCUAAUGGGGAUAAUACAUAUAUAGAAGCAGUGAUUAAGCGGUAAGGGGAUGACAGCCUUUUGGUAGCCACUGGCUGCAUGGGAGGCUUCUUGCAGUUUUUUUACUUCAAUCAGGGUAACAUGGCCAAGAAAGUUCAUAAACAGAAAAGAAAUUUAGGCGGCCUUGAAGCUCCUCGGAAUAGUCUGGAGUUGCAAUUAGAAACUUCUCAAAGUUAUUGUGCUGUAGGGGAUAUACCGUUUAGCUAAAUGUACUGCUAUUAAUUAUCAGUACUCUUAUCAAGUGGAAGAAGACUGGUCUGAAAAGAAUUGUUAUCCAAUUGAGGCUUCGAUGAAGAAAUUGAUAAAUGAGGAAGUAUCUAAACAAUCAAGCACCAGACAAAAUGCCCCAAGCAUCGUUGCCCGGCUUAUGGGAAUGGACAUGCUGCCAUUAAAUACAAAUUCUGUAGUUCAGCCAAUUGAUAAAAAGAAUGAAAAUGCAGGAACAAAGUUCUCAAAGAAGGAAAGGAAUGGAAAGGGUUCAGUUGGUCACACAUCAUCUGACUCAAAUGCUUCCACACUGAUGGAACUUGACUCAUCUUACCAUAAUAAAGGCAAAAGUACUGAUAGAUGGAGCAGUGAGCAAAGGUUAGGAAAACCAAGGCGUCGAGAACAUCCUCAAGAGGAGGAACUACAGAAAUUUAAGAAAGAAUUUGAAGCAUGGCAGGCGGCAAGGUUUAAGGAAUGUUCAAGGGUUAUUGAACUUGAUGACAUCUCUGGACAGUUGCUUGCUCAAGAGGACCUCAACAAAGAAAAGAUGGCACGUUAUGCAACUUCUGGGAGAACAGCAUAUGAGAAGCCCAUAGAACCUAAGAGUCAUACAUUAAAGGCAAGGUCACAUGAGAGAGGCGGUUUACAUCAACGUGGAGAUAAAACAGAACUAUUCCCAUCUGAGCAAAGGGAAUCUUUUCCUUUAAGAAGCAGGACCAUGAGUAGAGACUUUGAUGAGUCCACCCUUAUGAUUUCUAGCCAGAAACUAGAUAAUUCUUCUGCUCCCACAAAGAUAGUGAUCUUGAAGCCUGGUCCUGAUAGGAUUUGUAACCAAGAAGAGUCUUGGACAAGUUCCUCGGGAAUUGUAGAGGAGAGGGGUAGUAUAGAAGAUUUUCUUGAGGAGGUUAAGGAACGGCUGAAAUGUGAACUGCAAGGGAAAAAUCUUAAGAGGAGUUCUGUGGGCCGUGGAAGUGGAAUCGAGACCCCUUUCAGUGAAAAGCCAUCAGAUCCAAAAAGAAUUGCUAAGCAUAUAGCAAAACAAGUCCGAGAAAGUGUGACUAGGGACCUCGGAAGAAAUUUGCUCCGAUCAGAAUCAACAAGAUCAUAUAAAAGUGAAAUUCAGUUCAAUGGACCAGGUUCCCCGGAUUUCAUUAGCAGAGAUACUAGGAAAUUCUUGUCAGAGAGACUAAGAAAUGUUCUCAAGAGAGAAUCACAUCUUGACGUUCCCAUAGUGGUCAAUGGCAGCUCUACUUCAUCUGCAUUUGAUGAUGAAAAGGUCAAACUAAAACAAGUUAGAGAUUCAUUGAAGGCAAGGAAUGAAGUGAGCCGCUGGGAAAUUGUGAAAGAUGAACCAGAAGUGAAAACCAGAUCUUUCAGACAUGGGUCAGAUGAUGGGGGAGUACUCCAAAGUGAAUUAUCCCCUAGAAAUCUCAUUAGGUCUUUGUCAGCUCCUGUAUCAGGAACGUCAUUUGGGAAGCUUCUUCUGGAAGACCGUCACGUUUUAACUGGUGCUCAUAUCCGGAGAAAGCAUGAAGCCACUGAUAAUGGGUCAGUGGAUAUUAAAAAGCAGAAGAAAGAAAGGUUUAAUUUUAAAGAGAAAGUUUCCAAUUUCAGAUACAGUUUCGCUCUAAGACGGAGAUUGUUUGGCAAGAAGAUAGAAUCAAUGGUGGAAUCACAUAGCUGUGAACUCGAUCUUAUGAAAGACAUGAUGAGCGGACCAACAGUUAUUAUGAACUAUGGCGAGAGGCAUGAGAAUUCCACUGAGGUUCCCCCUAGUCCUGCAUCAAUAUGUAGCAGUGGUCAAGAAGAGUUCUGGAGGUCUGCUGAUCAUAUCAGCCCAAUGUCUACACCAGAUUUAACUUCAAGAGAAGAUAAUGUUGUACCACUGCUUUUUAGAGAAAUCAGCUCCGAUCUGAGUGAGUUGCGGAAGCAACUAAAUCAACUUAAGUCUCAUGAGCCUGAAGAGACAACUGAAAUGGAGUUUGAUGAGUGUGAGAUGGUUGAGCUAGAAGACCCAACAGAAGCUUACAUAAGAGAUCUGCUUGUUUCUUCUGGCUUGUAUGAUGGAUCAUCUGAUGGGUCUUUAUUCAGGUGGGACACAUUUGCUAAGCCUAUUAGCAACUCCGUCUUUGAAGAAGUGGAAGAAUCAUAUAGAAAAUUGGCCAGGGAGGAUGAAAGUACGAUAAAGGAUCACAAUGCAAAGUUAGAUCACAAGUUGCUACUUGAUUUAUUAAAUGAAACACUUUCAACGAUUCUUGCACCACUUUCAACCACGUCUACAUUCAAAAGAAAGAUUAUUAAUUCCACUAUGGUGCCACCUUUACGUGGAAGGAAGUUAUUGGAUCAUGUGUGGGAGAUUAUCCAUGUGUAUUUACACCCUUCAGCUGACAAAUCCCAUUACUCACUUGAUAGUAUGGUUGCCCUGGAUCUAGGAUCAGUCCCAUGGUCUUUAUUGAUGGAUGAUGAGGUUAAUGUUUUGGCAAGAGGGGUGGAAUAUCUGAUAAUUGGAGAUUUGGUUGAGGAAAUUGUAAAGGACAUACAACUAUGAUCAUGUGAGUAUUAAACUUCUUUGGUUUGACCAUUCUCAGGUCAGCAGGUCAUGUCUUAGUAGACAGGCAGAGGUUUUCAAGAGAUCGGCGGUGUAUAUCUGGAAUUGAAGUAUAUACAUGCUUACAUAGAUAUUCAAACUAAGGUUGCCAUGUUUGCUUGAUAUAGUUAGGUGUUAAAAUGGAGGAUUGCAUGUCCAUGUAUAUAUGUUCUGUGUUCAUGAUUUAGGAAUUUGAUUGAGUCAGGGCUAGACAUAAUGUACUAGUCGUGCGUGUAUUAUUAGGUUAUCUACACCCCCCCCCCCC